GAGGCUUGGCUUUACACUGAGAAAGACCUGCAGUGACACCUGGUGGACUUGCUUCAGUAUGACAGGCGUAAUGACCCGGGCGUCUUCUGGAUCGACUUCUUCCCCUUCAGACGAUAACAUCUCUCACCUGCAGACUUUGUCCAUCAGCACUGAAACACUGACAUUUGUAAAAUGUUUGGUUACUGUGAUGUGUCUGUGUUGGAGAGCUGCUGCUCUGAGUACUGAUUGUGUAACCAGCUCCGUUAGUUUUAGUUUUUAUUCUUGUUGGUGACAGUAAAACAAACUGAAGCACAACAGAACAACAGAAUCGUAACAAACUGAAGUCAUUUCCUGUAUGUUUCAUGUCAGUGACGAUUAGUUUCUUUUUCCCGUAAGGACCUCUGUAAUCAAUGAUGUAGAGCUGAUUAUCUCUGAAUCAGUCUGAUUGAUUGUUGCUGUUGGUUUUUGUCCCUCUGGUCUCUGGUGGGCGCUGCUGGACAUUUUUUAUGAUUUUUAAUGUUUUAAUCAGGAAGAAAUAAUCUGACAGCAGAUGAAAUGACUUGAUUCUUAUGUGUGUUUAAAGGCAGCGACUCUUGUUAUGGGCACGUCUGUGUCUGAACUCUUCAUCAUGUCUGAUCAUGAACGUGUCUGCAGCGAAUCAGCCUCACACAGCCUGCUUAUUCGCUUAUUUUCAUUCACAUAAAGCACAUCAUACCUCUGUAAUGCACUCAUACAACUCACAGCUUUAUUCAAACAGUGUAAUCACAACAUGUUUGUGCCAUUUUUGCAUGUUUGUACUCACAGCGUCCAGUGUUGAGCCACUUCAUUUCUAUAUUGAUCAAAAACAACAAGAAGCCUCAGAUGUUUUUGUACAGACUCGUGCUUCAAACCAAUAAAGGUCUGAGACGGUGCUGCUGGCGUCCUGUGUGCUCAGGAGCUGGAGCUGUAGUAUGAGCAGGGAGGGACUUCUGUGGAAACAGAAACUCAGAGCUGUACAAUAACACAUGCCCCUGUGCUGCCCUGCCCUCCCUCUAUAGGUUGUCCUCAGCCCCAAAAACAGCUUAUCAGCCGCCUUGAAGCAGUCUAACUUUGGCACAGUCCAUGGACACACGAUGGGGCUGUGGAUGCUGCUGCUUCUGCAUUUACACCUUGCAAUGGGCGUUUCCCUUUCUGCACCCUCCAGCGUUUCCAUCUCUUCCAUCAACUUGGAACACACACUCAGCUUCCAGCCGGGCCCUCAGACCCCCUCCGACGCCCGCUUCAUGGUAGAAGUCGUCCGCUCCAGAAAGCAGUCGUGGAAGCCGGUGCCGCCUUGUGUGGCACUGAGGGUGGGACAGACAUGUGACCUGACCAGAGCCUUCAAGGACCCGUUCGACCACUACGUAGCUCGUGUCCAGGCCUUCACGGCCACCCAGAGGUCCAGCUGGACGGUAUCGGACAGCUUCCUGCCGCUGUCAGACACUGUGAUUGGACCUCCUGACGUGGCGGUGUCUGGAUGUGGGAACUGUUUAAUCCUGCACCUCACACUUCCUGAAGUCUUGGCGAGCGAGUACCUGAAGGACAGCCACACAGACUUAGUCUUCCACGUACAACGAACCCGUGAUGGAGCGGAGUUCACGCUGCAUAUGCCCUACUCUGAGGAGACUGUGAUCAGCUACCUGCAGACAGGUGUGGAGUACUGUGUGACCGCCUCCGUCAAGCCUCACUUCUCCAAAGCCAUCCCGAGUGAACCUCAGUGUGCCUUCACCAGCCCCCCACCCAGAAACUCACUGUACAUGCUGGUGGUGCUGCUGGGGGCCUUCUGCGCGCUGGCGUUCCUCCUCGUGGCGUUGGUCGUCUACGGCAGCCGGCUGACCUUCAGUGUGCUGAAAACGAGACUCCCCAAAUCUCUGUCAUACGUCAUCCUCUACCGGCGAGGAAGCGCUCCGCCCGGACUCUCGCCUCAGAGCUCACAUGACGACGGCUCGUCUGACCUCCUGAGAAGGAGCCACUCGGAGAAGUGUGUUUAGGUGGAGCCGGCGGAGCGGGUGUGGAGGUUCAGGUGUAAUGAUGUGUAACAAGUAUUUUAUGGAUGAUGUAGCUUUCGUCUGUUACACCACUGCAGUGGAUUCUGGAUCAAACUAACUUUGGUUCAGUGGGCUGAACAAGCUAAGAUCAUUUUAACUCUGCCGACUAUUCUUAAUAUUUGUGUAAAAGUCCUGCUCUGUUAGCUCUGAGCCUGAAAAUGUCAAACCCCUGAACAGCUGAUGCAAUCCUUCAGUCUCACCUGGACUGUUUGAGUUCAGAUCAAAACUCGCUGUUUUGUAUCAUCGCUGAGGUGACACAGUUUCCCACAGGGACACGUCCCACAACAGGUCGUUCCCAUCUUUGUCCGACCUGUGACGAUGUAAUCCUGACAAUAGCGUCUCCUGUAAAUCUGAAUAAAGUCUGUCUAUAUUUUUAUAACCUGGAGCUCUUCUUCGUCACAUUAAUCGAGACAGGAAGUGAAAUUUUCAUAAAAUCUCAGUGUCGUUACUGUGAGUUUAUAUGUGAAGCGUUGCUGUGAAGUGUUCCUGUAUUUCCUGUUUUCUGUGCUAAAUAAGCAGAACCAUGCUUUUCAUUUAAAGUCAAGUUCAUCUGCUUUUCAGGGGAGUGAAGGGUGGAUGCCUGUGCAGCCAUCUCCACCCAUACUUGGAGUGAACUUUGAAU